AUGAAGGCCAUCCUCUCGUCGGAAACGAUGGACAUCCCAGAAGGCGUCAAGAUCAAGGUUCACGCCAAGGUGAUUGAGGUACAAGGACCGAGGGGCACGCUCGUCCGCGACUUCAAGCAUUUGAAUCUGGAUUUCCAGUUGAUCAAGGACGAAGAGACCGGGAAUCGAAAGCUGAAGGUUGAUUCUUGGUUCGGAACCAGUAAGAUCAGUGCCUCCAUCCGUACGGUUCGUGUAUGCUCAUUUCCCCAUCAACGCAUCCAUCACCAAUGCCAACAAAGCCAUUGA